AUGAGUUCCAGCAAGGAUGCGAUCCCCGCCAGCAGCAAAGGUUCCUGGUCAAGCUUCCUCAAGUCCAUCGCUUCUUUCAACGGCGACCUCUCGUCCUUGACCGCUCCGCCUUUUAUCCUGUCCUCCACCUCCCUGACCGAGUUCUCCGCCUACUGGGCUGAGCAUCCGCACCUUUUGGUGGCCCCAGCUACAGAAGUGGACCCCGAGAAGAGAGCCUGGCUCGAGAAACUCGGUAGUGAGAAGAAGCCCCUGAACCCCUUCCUCGGAGAGCUCUUCCUGGGCAAGUGGGACGCUGAUGAGCAUAUCGGGGAGACCUCAUUGAUCAGUGAACAAGUCAGCCACCACCCCCCAGCAACCGCCUACGCGAUUCGGAAUGAGAAACACGGGGUAGAACUACAAGGCUAUAACGCCCAGAAGGCCUCCUUUUCAAGCACCAUUCAAAUCAAACAGAUCGGACACGCCCUCCUGACCGUCACCCCACCCAACGCGGAUAAGAACGACCCGGCCCAGAAGGAACAGUACCUUAUCACACUUCCAAGCUUGCACAUUGAGUCCUUGAUCUAUGGAACUCCAUUCAUCGAACUGGAAAAGACGACUCGGAUUGUCAGCAGCACCGGCUACGUGGCCAAGAUCGAUUACUCGGGCAAAGGCUGGCUGAGUGGAAAGAAAAACACAUUUUGCGCUAUCUUGUAUAAGGAAAGCGAAGGAGAGAAGAAGCCUUUGUACACUGUCGAUGGGCAGUGGUCGGAUAAGUUCACCAUCAAGAAUGCCCGAACCAAGGAAGAAGUGGAGACGUACGUGGUUAAGGAUAACAAGACCACUCCGCUCCAGUUGGCCCCACUGGAGGAUCAGGACGUUUACGAAAGUCGGCGUGCUUGGCGGGACGUGGCUUCGGGCAUCGAGCGGGGCGACAUGGACGCCGUGUCUGUGGCCAAGUCGAAGAUUGAGAACGCCCAGCGCGAGCUUCGCAAGGUUGAAAAGUCCGAGGGCCGGGAAUGGGAGCGCCGCUUCUUCAAGCGCGUAGACGAAAACGAGGAUCAGGAGCUUCUGCAACUUGCGAGAAAGGCCGGUCUCACAUCGCUCGAAGGCGACAAGACUGGUGGGGUGUGGCGCUUCAACCCAGCAAAUGCAGACGGUGCGAAGCCGCCGUAUCACAAGGUCGGCGGCGAAGGCCUGGGCGUAUGA